AAUUUACAUGUUGAUGCCGUGCAGUGCACCCAUCCAUCGCCUUCGGCACCGUUUAACAGAUAGAUAGAUCAGAUGUAGCAAAGUAGGUAGAUUCAUCCACACACACGCUACACGGUGGUCGAUAAUGCAAACGCCACCGCAUUCCGCCACUCAUUGCAGCACUUCACACAGAAAACAAACCAACUCCUCCUCCUAACUGAAGAAGAAGAAAAAUUCAACAAUCAACAAUGUAUGGCAAAGUGGUUCUCUCAUUCAUCUUCGUCUUCUUGCUCAUCCUCUCUUACUCAAUCUUCAUCGGCACACUCGACAUUCGAUCUUAUUUCUCCCCAAUCUUAAUCCCACCUUCAACUGGACCCGAAUCCAAACCCGUUCAGUGCGAACCCGACCCGCAGCCACUUCGCGUCUUCAUGUACGAUCUCCCUCGCCGAUUCAACGUCGGGAUGAUGACUCGCCGGAACGAUACGCCGGAAUCCGCUGUCACCGUCCGGGACUGGCCGCCGUGGCCUGAGAAUUGGGGGCUGAAGAUGCAGCAUAGUGUUGAGUACUGGAUGAUGGGCUCGCUUCUGUACGAAGACGGUCAGCGCGGAGAGGCGGUUAGGGUUUUGGAUCCGGAGCUUGCUGAUGCGUUCUUUGUACCGUUUUUCUCUUCGUUGAGCUUCAAUACGCAUGGCCACACUAUGAAGGAUCCCGCCACGCUGAUUGAUCGCCAAUUGCAGGUUGACUUAAUGGAACUCUUAAAGAAAUCUGUACACUGGCAGAGGUCUAGAGGUAGAGAUCACGUAUUUCCUAUGACACACCCAAAUGCCUUUAGGUUCCUAAGAAAUCAAUUGAAUGAGUCUAUUCAGGUUGUUGUGGAUUUUGGCCGCUACCCCAAAGGCAUGUCUAAUUUGAACAAAGAUGUGGUGUCCCCAUAUGUGCAUGUUGUGGAUUCUUUUACGGAUGACGAGCCUCAAGAUCCGUACGAGUCACGCCCCACGCUGCUUUUCUUCCGAGGGAGGACUUUUAGGAAGGAUGAAGGCAUUGUCCGUGCUAAACUAGCAAAGAUAUUGACUGGUUUUGAUGAUGUUCACUACGAGCGAAGUUUUGCUACAGGAGAAAACAUAAAAUUGUCAUCACAAGGGAUGCGUUCAUCGAAGUUUUGUUUGCAUCCAGCCGGAGAUACACCAUCAUCUUGUCGUCUUUUUGAUGCCAUUGUUAGUCACUGUGUUCCUGUCAUUGUGAGUGACCAGAUUGAACUCCCGUUUGAGGAUGAGAUUGACUACUCCCAGUUCUCGUUGUUCUUCUCUUUCAAAGAGGCAUUACAGCCUGGCUACAUGAUCGACCAGCUUCGUAAAUUUCCAAAGGAUAAAUGGUCUGAAAUGUGGAGGCAGCUUAAAAAUAUCUCCCAUCAUUAUGAAUUCCAGUACCCUCCGAAAAAGGAAGAUGCUGUUAAUAUGCUGUGGAGACAGGUUAAGCACAAGCUUCCAGGGGUAAGACUCUCUGUUCACAGAAGCCGAAGGUUAAAAAUCCCAGAUUGGUGGAAGAAAAAAUGAUUUUUGGUGCUUCAUUCAUUGAUCUUGUACAUCUGCUCAGUUACUGUGACAAUUCUUGAAUGGGAAGAAUGAUAUAUCCUCUUAUCCCAGCAUUUUAAAUAGAGAAUUUUAUAGAAGUUUUAAUCUGUGAUUUGUUUUGGUCUCUGGUCUCUGAUUUGGUUGAGUUGAGACACCUUACUUCGGGAGCAUGAAUGCGUAUCUGAUGAACAAUGUUAUUUCUUAUUUAUAA